AUGACCCACUCUCACUCCCACGACGAUGGCAUCAGCCACUCUCACGAUGACGACUUCGGUGGCCACGGCCACUCGCACGAGAUUCUUGACGGUCCCGGCUCGUAUCUGAACCGCGAGAUGCCCCUCAUUGAGGGCCGUGAUUGGAAAGAUCGUGCUUUUACUAUUGGUAUUGGGGGGCCCGUCGGAUCCGGAAAGACGGCCCUCAUGCUGGCCUUGUGUCUUGCGCUGCGCGACGAGUAUAACAUUGCGGCUGUGACGAAUGAUAUUUUCACACGAGAAGAUGCCGAAUUCCUCACCCGCCACCGCGCCCUGGCCCCCUCACGUAUCCGCGCCAUCGAAACAGGCGGCUGCCCGCACGCCGCCGUUCGCGAAGACAUCUCCGCAAACCUGCUCGCCCUACAGACCCUUCAAAAGCAAUUCUCGACGGACCUCCUCCUCAUCGAGUCCGGCGGCGACAACCUCGCAGCGAACUACUCGCGCGAACUGGCCGACUUCAUCAUCUACGUGAUCGACGUGGCCGGGGGCGAUAAAGUGCCCCGAAAAGGCGGACCGGGGAUCACGGGCUCCGACCUGCUGGUCGUCAAUAAGUGUGAUUUGGCGGAGAUUGUAGGCGCCGACUUAUCGGUGAUGGAGCGGGACGCGGCGAAGAUGAGGGAGGGGGGACCGACGGUGUUCGCGGAGGUGAAGAAUGGGAAGGGCAUGCGGCAUAUUGUGGAUUUGAUUAUUAGUGCGUGGAAGGGGAGCGGGGCGUAUGAGGAGAGUUUGGCGAGGUGGAAGAAUGGAGCCGUGAAGGGGUCGGGGAGUGUGGAUGAGUAG